CAGAGGCGAUGAGGCACCUGGUGGGCUGGGUGUGGCUGGCUGUCUGCAUGUGUGGCCUGGAUGCAGAUUUGAUUGCCCAUUUAAAACUGCCAAUUAGAGAAAUCUUUAUGGAUCCGUGCGUCUUUCCGUUCACCUACAAUGACGUCACCUACCACAAGUGCACUGCUGUCCACAGUGACUUUGAUUGGUGUUCUCUUGAUUCUAUGUUCGAAGGCAGGUGGCGAUACUGCACAGCGAUUGAUCCUCCCAUGUGUGUCUUCCCCUUCAUAUUCAGAAAAAGCACCUUUAUGAACUGCACCAAGGAAAGCUUCGUUUUGAAUCGGAGUUGGUGCUCGCUGACGAGGAAUUACAACAGAGAUCGAAAGUGGAAGCAGUGCUCUCCUCUGCACUUUUAGAUAAUUUUUGGUGCUUUCAAAGGAUCAGAAGUUACAGAUUCAUCCACUUCUCCAAAGGGAAUCCUGUCCUCUCAAGUCCCGACCAUUGUGAUCAAUAAAGACUUGAUCACUUUUCUACAUGGAUGACACCUUUUCCUGAAAAAAAAAAAAAAAAAUGCACAGCCAAAGCCCAGUGGGGGCAUUCGUGAGCAGCAGCUUGCUUUCAAAUCAAGAUCCUGAUGAAUCGCCCAUGGUAUUGUCUUUGGAAAGUUAACUAAAUACUCAGAGAACUUAAAAUUUCCCCCACACCAUUUCAAAUUUUUCAAUUAAAAUAUAUUGUAGUUUCUUAAAUUUGGGGGUAAAAUUCACCUGACACACAGUUGACCUUUUAAAGGUAAACAAUUCAGUGACUUUUAGAACAAUCAUGGCAGUGUACAACCAUCAGUUCUGUUUAGUAUGAAAACAUUUUCAUCACCUGUAAGGAGACCC